GUCCCAUACGCGCACGUGAAGGUCAGCGUUUUGGACGUCAAACGUUCGCGUUCCUCCACAAACGGCUCGAUCGGUGGACCUGAACGCAAGAAUGAACGGGCAAGGAGCGACAGCAGACCCGCAGUUGCAGCAGUUUAUCGAAAUAGAGACCCAGAAGCAGCGAUUUCAGCAGCUGGUGCAUCAAAUGACGGAGGACACGUGCAUGGACAAACCAGGUCCCAAACUUGACUCGAGGUCGGAGACAUGCUUUGUGAACUGUGUGGAGCGGUUUAUAGAUACCAGUCAGUUCAUCCUGAACCGACUGGAACAGACUCAGAGGAGCAGAGGAGGUUUCUCUGACUCCAUGUCGGAGUAAAGACUUCCAUCAGGAAGGACUGAGCACGGAGCCUCGUGCUUGUUCGUAUGGAAAGAGACUUCAAGUGCCUCGGGUCAACACCAUGUAUGUUGUCCACAGGAGGAGCAGCAAACCUGCUGCAGUGUGGACGGACCUCACCUGCUGCAGGUCAACCCCAAAGUCAGGAUGGAAAUAAAGUGAACACAAGCUUUGGGUUGUACAUAUGCAAUAAACAGAAAUUCAAAACAGUUACAUCCACUUGCCAAACUGCACUUUGUAAAUACUUAAAUUGUGGCACAGCCUGUUGUCAAUGGUACAUCACCCCUCGCAGUAAAGAACAUUCCCGAAGCAUCCAAACUGAUCUUGCAUCUUCAAAACAGGGUGUUUGAGAGGCCAUUUUUCAUGUCAGGAUAUGACUUUAUCCAUGCACUGAAGACGACCGUCAUGAAAGUGAAAUAUUGUCAAGGUCACCAGUCUUUUAAAUAUGAAUAAUCAUAAAUAUUAAAACAAAACACACACAAAAAAUUG